UACAUGUAUGACAGCAGCGAAUAUUUAGAGAUAGUGAACAACAGAGGUUCCUCAGGAAUCAUAAACAGAUAUAAGGGUCGCACAUCUCUGGUAAGAAAUGGACGAGACAGCUGCACCCUGAAGAUAAGCAAUUUAACAAGAUACGAUGGAAAUAAAUACUACACAGUUACGGAUGGUAAUUGGUUAAUUGAUCAAUUUGUUGAUCAACAAAGACGUAUUCAACUUUUGAUAAAAGAUGCACCAAAGGGAGUUCAUAUUGUUUCCAGCAAAACUAAAGAUGAUUAUAUAGAGCUAAUUUGUACAUUUUUAAGUAGCAGACCAAAUGUCACUGGCUACAUCUGGUUUAUUGAUGAUAUAUUCAUACAUAAUUAUACCAAACAAAUUCUGAAACUAGAAAACCUUCAAACAAACUCGGGGAAGUAUUACUGUGUUGCUCACAAUAAGGUUGGACUAACCAAGUCUUCAUCUUUACAAAUAAACAUCACUGAUAAACAAAAAGAAAUAGCCCAAAGUGGUACUUUACAAAUUCUUAUAAUACUGGCUGCUAUCAUAUUUUUAAUUAUGGCAAUAAUUCUUCUCUACUUUUGUAUAAGAAAAAGAAAAUUUUGUAUAACUUCAAAGGGCAAUAAUAAUAAUCAGGAUACCCAGUCAUCUGAUGCUGUUUAUACAGAGCUUAUGAAGAGAGAGACCUCUUCAGAAUAUGCGCAAUUAAAGCUUGAAAAACAUCUUUUAGUACCUGAAAAAAGAAUGGAUAUAAAUAGGAAUCUGGAGUAUGAAAACCUUGGAGAACAAAUAUGAAGAUCUCAUAUUCACACUUUCUGCACACACACAC